GCGGCCGGAGCCGGGCAGGGUGUGGCGGGGCGUGCGGCUGCUCCGCGCUGAAACGCGGCCGUGGCACGGCCGGGGUUCGGGGUGUCUGCCUUGCCCUGCUCGAGAGCGGCUUCCUGUACAUCCCUGACUUUGAGUUACGGUUGUGUGCGCGCUGCUGAUCCGCCCUGCUGUGCAUGGCACUGACAUUGACGUUGGAGGAGUUCUUCCUUCUCUGCCAGUGCUUGCACAGGUGCCCAAGAGCACUCGGUGAAGAGAUCUCGCUGUAUUUAGCCUCGUUUUACAGGUGGAGAUGAUGUCAAACUCCGUACUGCUUCAGCUUAGACCACAGGGAUUAGGAGCUAACGGCAUCCGGCUGACCAUGGAGAGCGCUCUGACCGCCCGGGACCGUGUUGGGGUGCAGGAUUUUGUCCUGCUGGAGAACUUCACCAGCGAGGCAGCAUUCAUUGAAAACCUGCGGAAACGCUUCAAGGAGAACCUGAUCUAUACCUACAUCGGCUCUGUUCUGGUGUCUGUGAAUCCGUACAAGGAACUGGAAAUCUACAGCAAGCAGAACAUGGAGCGGUACCGCGGCGUCAGCUUCUAUGAAGUUUCUCCUCACCUCUACGCGAUCGCAGACAACUCCUACCGCUCCCUGCGCACGGAGAGGAAGGAUCAGUGCAUCCUGAUCUCCGGGGAGAGCGGGGCUGGCAAGACAGAGGCCACCAAGAAGAUCCUGCAGUACUACGCCGUGACCUGCCCCGCCAGCCAGCAGGUCGAGACCGUGAAGGACCGACUGCUCCAGUCCAACCCCGUCCUGGAGGCCUUCGGAAAUGCAAAAACCCUUCGAAAUGACAACUCCAGUCGAUUUGGGAAAUACAUGGAUGUGCAGUUUGAUUACAGGGGGGCUCCUGUCGGGGGCCACAUCUUGAACUACCUCCUGGAGAAAUCCCGAGUUGUGCACCAGAAUCACGGCGAGAGGAACUUCCACAUUUUCUACCAGCUGCUAGAGGGAGGAGAGGAGGACUUGCUGCGGAGGCUGGGCCUCGAGAAGAACCCACAGCAGUAUCACUAUUUAGUAAAGGGUCACUGUGCAAGGGUCAGCUCCAUAAAUGACAAAAAUGAGUGGAAGAUCAUGCGAAGAGCCCUGUCCGUUAUCGGCUUCAGUGACAGUGAGGUGGAGGAUUUGCUGAGCAUUGUGGCCAGCGUUCUGCACAUGGGGAAUGUGCAGUUUGCUGUUGAUGAGCAAGGAAAUUCUCAGGUCACUACAGAGAAUCAGAUUAAAUACCUGGCUAGGCUUCUAGCGGUGGAAGGCUCUGUUCUUCGGGAUGCACUGACCCACAAGAAGAUCAUAGCAAAAGGGGAAGAGCUGGUCAGUCCCCUGAACCUGGAGCAGGCGGCCUAUGCCAGGGAUGCUCUCGCCAAGGCUGUCUACGGACGCACCUUCUCCUGGCUGGUGAACAAGGUCAACAAGUCUCUGGCUUACAAGGACGAAAAGUUUCCAGGCUGGAGAAGUACAACAGUUCUAGGAUUGCUUGACAUCUAUGGAUUUGAGGUUUUCCAGCACAACAGCUUUGAGCAAUUUUGUAUUAAUUAUUGUAAUGAAAAAUUGCAGCAGCUCUUCAUAGAGCUCACGUUAAAGUCAGAGCAAGAGGAAUACGAGUCUGAAGGCAUCGCGUGGGAACCAGUUCAGUAUUUCAAUAACAAAAUAAUUUGUGAUUUGGUGGAAGAGAAAUUCAAAGGCAUCAUUUCUAUUUUGGAUGAAGAGUGUCUGAGACCUGGGGAUGCCACAGAUACAACAUUCUUGGAGAAACUGGAGGAAACUGUGAAAAACCACCCUCAUUUUCUCACGCACAAACUCGCUGACCAGAAGACACGGAAGUCCCUGGGGCGGGAGGAAUUCCGGCUCUCGCACUACGCUGGGGACGUCACCUACAGUGUGGCAGGUUUUCUAGAUAAAAACAAUGACCUUCUCUUCCGGAACCUGAAGGAGACCAUGUGCAACUCUGAGAACCCCAUCAUAAACCAGUGUUUCGACAGGACAGAGCUGACAGACAAAAAGAGACCUGAAACGGCAGCAACUCAGUUCAAAAACAGCCUCUCCAAACUCAUGGAAAUCCUGAUGUCCAAAGAACCCUCCUACAUUCGUUGCAUGAAACCCAACGAUGCUAAACAGGCUGAUCGAUUCGAUGAAGUUCUUAUCAGACACCAAGUGAAGUACCUGGGGCUGAUGGAGAACCUCAGGGUGCGCAGGGCUGGGUUUGCAUAUCGAAGAAAAUAUGAAGUUUUCCUGCAGAGGUACAAGUCGCUGUGUCCAGAGACGUGGCCCACGUGGGACGGGCGGCCCCACGACGGGGUGGCCGUGCUGGUGAAGCACCUUGGCUACAAACCAGAAGAGUACAAAAUGGGCCGAACAAAGAUUUUUAUCCGCUUUCCCAAGACCUUGUUUGCAACAGAAGAUGCUCUGGAAGUGAGGAAGCAGAGUCUGGCAACAAAAAUGCAGGCCACAUGGAGAGGUUUCUACCGCCGGAAGAAAUUCCUGACCAUGAAACGCUCAGCCAUAACCAUCCAGUCCUGGUGGCGGGGGACCUUGGGACGCCGAAAAGCUGCCAAGAGGAAGUGGGCAGUGGAGACCAUCAGGAGGUUCAUUAAAGGUUUCAUUUACCGGAACCACCCUCGGUGCCCAGAGAACGAGUAUUUCCUCGAUUACAUCCGCUACUCCUUCCUCAUGAACCUCAAACGUAACCUGCCAAAAAAUGUCUUGGAUAAGUCCUGGCCAACUCCUCCCCCGUCUCUCUCUGAGGCGUCGCAGCUCCUGCGCCGGCUGUGCCUGCAGAACAUGGUGUGGAGCUACUGCAAGAGGAUCAGCCCCGAGUGGAAGCAGCAGUUGGAACAGAAAGUAAUUGCCAGUGAGAUUUUCAAGGGUAAAAAAGACAAUUACCCUCAGAGUGUUCCCAGACUCUUCAUCAACACUCGACUGGGUAAGGAAGAGAUACAUAAUAAAGUCCUUCAGGCUUUAGAAAACGAAGCACUUAAGUAUGCAGUGCCUGUGGUCAAGUACGACCGGCGGGGGUACAAAGCCAGGCCGCGGCAGCUGCUGCUCACCCAGAGCGCUGCCAUCGUCGUGGAGGAGUCCAGGAUCAAACAGAGGAUCGACUACACCAACCUCACAGGCAUCUCCGUCAGCAGCCUGAGCGACAACUUGUUUGUGCUGCACGUGCACUGUGAGGACAACAAACAGAAGGGAGAUGUUGUCCUGCAGAGUGACCACGUGAUCGAGACCCUGACAAAAACAGCCAUCCUGGCUGACAAAAUCAACAAUGUCAACAUCAACCAGGGCAGCAUAAAAUUCGCAGUGGGCCAAGGCAAAGAAGGGAUCAUCGACUUCAUCUCGGGCUCAGAACUGCUCAUAGCCAAAGCCAAGAACGGGCAUCUAACAGUGGUUGCUCCCCGUUUGAAUUCCCGAUGAUGAAACGUGUCCCUGCACCAGGACCUUUCCCUCCAUGGAAUUGGCUGAACGUUGUUCCCAGCAAACCCCCCCCUUCCUCGCUUUGCUCUUUCUGUUUAUCGUUACCAAAGACCUGCACUUUCAGAACCACCACAAAAUACAUCCUGCUUUGUCUUACUCUCAAAAAAUCCCAAACAAAAGGCCUUCUCUUCCUUUCCCAAGUGGCAAACACGGGGUCCAACGCAGCGUCCGCAGCUCGGGACAUUCAGCUGGGCUUUGAGGGAGAGGGAGCUCUGACUCUGUUCACAGAGUUUAAGCUCCGAUGGAAAUGACCAAAAUCUGUGCUUGUCGUCACCAAAAAGCACAAUCAGAAAACAAGUAACUCUGCUGCUUUCUCAGCCAAACCAAUGAAAUGCCAAACUUUGUAUUCAGAAUGUUUUAUGAAGAAUUUUGCUCUGAGAUGUUUUAAUGCUUUGUGUUACAAUUUAGUGAAGCCAUAUUGUGUAAAUGAGUAAAACCUGUAAAUACUUUAUAGCUGAGGAUGAGAUGCACUACGAGAGGUGGAGUUGAUGUGGAAACUUAUGUAGAUUUGGAAUUUUUUUUUGUUGUUUUUAGUUUUUGGUUACAAGGUAUUAACCUGAAAAACCCAUCAUGCAACUUCCUCACUGAUCUGGAUCCAGAGACUUUUACCUUUUUUUGAAGUCAGCUGUCCCAUUUCUUGCUAUUUUUAUACCGUAGGAAUUUUUCAUAUCCACACAAACACAGUCUAAUACAAGCUGCAGAGGUUACCACUGCUUUGUGUGUCUCCAGAGUGGCAGUGCAGCCUGUAGUCCUUGGCUGUGGGAUGGGCACAAACUUUCCCUCCUGCCUGGGAGUCACCACUGCCCUUCCCCACCCAGCUCAGAGCAGCACGUUCAGGAAAAACAGCUUUUCCUCUCGUUUUUAGCGAUAACUGGAAGUUUGAGUUCCCGCAGUAUUUAUGUCGAUGCCUCAGUGCUGCCUUACAAGGGAGGGCUGGGUCAGCCCUGCUGCUGCUCCCCAGCUCCAGGGACACACCUGGAGUGCUCAGACCACAGCAGAGGUUCAUCCUCGGCGCCUUCACUUUAAACCCAAACGGCCACAGGGUGCACAGCUCCGUGUGGGAUUCCUGCUGCCUGCACACCACAGCUCCAGACCUCAGUGCAUCCUGCACUCCACUUGCCUUAGGAAUCCUUCCCAUUCCACCUCUAUCCUGACUCAGUAGCACAAACAGCUACAGCCAAGCCCUGACAGAUCUAACCCAAUUGUGCUGCCUCUCACCCACCAUUGGCUCCGGCUCCUCCUCUCUGGUUCCUGACAUGAUGCCACUGUCAGGCCUGGAAUGCCGGAUCCACUCGGGGCCAUUCCCAGCCCUGUGCUGCAGUGUGUAUAUACAAUGCUGUCUAUGCUGGUCUAUAACCCCUUCCAGACUACACUGAAUAAAUUUUUACAAAAAAACCAA